UGAAACUCGGUUUGUUUCCGGUGUCAGUUUCAAGAAACCAAAUAAAAUGGACAAAGGUUGGUCACUAAAGAGUCAUUUAAACUUGGAAGCGCAAGAGAAGGUAAAUUGUGCCGCAGAGACAUCAACUUCCUUUCAGCAGAACAAGGGUAAGUGAUCUCAGUUUGCGCGGCUACUCGGAGAGUCCUUACUACCACGUAAAUUCCCUGUCCAAAUUCAAAAUUUUAUAUUUUAGGUCAAAAGAAAUUUAACGUUAAGAAUCACCAUGAGACAGAUUGGCUGUGUUUUUGCCACCCUUGCGUUCAUCAUUUUAUCUAUGGAUCAAUGUCAAGCCUGGCGCAGGCCUUGUGGCCUGGAAACAAUCGACCGUCGCGAUGACCGAGAACCACGGAGUCUUAAAGAGAUCGAUCGUUGCUGUGGCGUUCAAUAUUACGACCCAAUAAGACAGCUAUGUUGCUUUGGUAGUCUCGUUCUACCAAAGAAACCCGGCGACGCUUGUUGUGGAUCCCGAAAGUAUAAUUUUCACACAGAACUGUGCUGUGGAUUCACCGUAAAGAAAAAGACUGGUUCUCAAAAUGCCUGCUGUGGAGCAGUUCCGUACGAUAGCAGAAGAUAUACCUGUUGUGGUGGAACUGUUACUCCUCGAGCUUCUAGUCAUCAGCAUCUGAACAGUUGUUGUGGCAAGAGAAGUUACAACCCUUACACUCAUGUCUGUUGUAAUGGAGUCAUUUCAUCCAAGCCCGCUCAGUGCUGUGGCAGCAAAACUUACGAUCCAAGGUCACAAGUGUGUUGUGGGGGAAAAAUUGUGUCUACCCCAAGCAUCUCCUCACCUGCAUGUUGUGGGAGCAAUGUUUACGACAGAAACCAACAGAUCUGUUGUUCGAAUGUACUUUUUGACAAGCCAAAAAACCCAAGUGGCAUCCAAGUAGGCUGCUGCGGUAGCAACAUCAUGUUCACCUCUCAUCAGAUGUGCUGCGCUGGGAAGGUUGUAGGUAAACCUCAGGGUGUACAGAACCCAAGAUGCUGUGGAAAUCGAGUCUAUAACUCACAAACACAGGUUUGUUGUUCCAACAAAGUAAGCAACGGUAAAGUGUGUUGUGGGAACGUUGGAUACAACCCUCUAACGCAUUCUUGUUGUGGCUCGAUGGUCAUAAAAGGUUCGAGCCUGUCAACCGUUCAUGGACCACAAAGGAAAUGCUGUGGACGAACAUUUUACGAUCCAAGAUUUGAAGACUGCUGCCAUGGCAGAUACUCGAGACGCAGAGGAUGUUGUUAUAACAACAAACAGUGGGGAGAUUCCACACAGAAAUUCCGCAAACUGUGUGGGGAUGAUUAUUAGAAAACGUCGUUUUCCUUCGGAAAUAGUCAUCUCAUGCCUGAUGGGCUCUGCUUCAAGAUUAAAUAGCAAAAACAUUACAGCACUUUUCGAUUAACUUUAAAGAAAAUGAGACAAGGUUCUCAAACGGCUAAUAAAAAAUAAUGUGAGGAAAUAGUGAGAUCUAAAACCAAAUCGUGGAAGUUUCUCGAAGCGUGGGAUAACGUGGCUGACUAACACGCGAUUUGUGUUAGCUUCUUUCUAACUGGAUGACACGGAGACACAAGUUUUCUGGGCCAAUCACGGAGCGAAGUCGAGAUAAAUCCCAGAUUGCUGUUGACACGUAAUUGAAAUUUGCUCUAAAAGGUUUAGAAACAGAGUUAGAUUUUUGCUGCAAUCUUUAUUACUUGUGACACAAAAUAAUAAACUGUGUUGGUAUUGAAA